AUGUACGCCCAUGCCAGUCCCGAUAAUGACUAUUGUGUCUGAUACGGCUCUUUCACUGAUUCAAAGUAUACCGCGACAGUACGACACAUAUUUUGAGUGGCAGUGGUUGGUUUGACAACGCCCAGUAAACGCCCAACUGCUUAUAAGACCAAAUGUACCAGUUAUCUAACGCACACUCAAGAUCAGUUCAAGCAUCAAUUAAAUUAAUAUAAGUUCAAAGAGUUCAAUCGAAAUAAUCGUUUCAUCCUAGACGACUAUUUCAACAGUCUGAUGUUCACCAAAGCUAAAUUCGCCAGCGCGGCGAAGACAUCGACAUGCCGAUCUCAUUGUGUCGUGGAAGUGCAAAGUGGCUUCUCCGGUGGUGUGGGAGUUGACCAAAACCCACUGCAGACGGGUCAGGAUCCAGUCCCACUGUCCCGGUGCCGGCCGCCAGCGGGUCAAUAUCCACCGCAACAUGGGCAUUAUAAUCCGGGAGCGUAUCCUCAACAGCAAGGAGAACAUCCACAGCAAGGGCAAUAUCCACAGCAAGGGCAAUAUCCACAGCAAGGGCAAUAUCCGCAGCAAGGGCAAUAUCCUCAAGGACAAUAUCCGCAGCAAGGACAAUAUCCACCACAAGGGCAAUAUCCUCAAGGACAAUAUCCGCAGAAGGGGCAAUAUCCACCUCAAGGGCAAUACCCACAACAGGGCGCUCCUUCGCAAGAAUCCGCGCCUCCAGUGGACUUUCUGAAGCCGGAGACGGCUGCCAAACUGGAGGGCCGCGCCUCGCCGACUCCGGACGAGGAGCUGGCAGAGGAGGGCAGUGACCCCUCGCCGACGGCGCCGCCCAUCGACUCCAUGGACAAGCUGCCCGGCUACGAGGGACUCGACUUCACUGGAGGGGGAGCGCCUCCGCCGCCUCCUGCCGCCCUGCCCCCUCCGCCGGAGAAUUACGGCCAGGUGAACGUGCAGCACGAAGUACCCAGCACAGAGAGGAUCAGAGAGAUUGUGGCCGGCUAUGUGGCCGAGCACUGCUGCUUCGGAAAGGGACCCAUCGAGGACAUGAAGAUUGUCACGGUGACGCCCACACCCGCCUUGAAGUACACGCUCGAGACCAUGACGGAGACGCGCAUCACGCGAUGGAACUACGUGCCGUGGCGUGGUGAGACCGUGCCGCCGCCCAGCGGUCCUCCGCCAGGACCCUGGGACGUGCUGAUCACCCUGGAGCCCUCCCAGUGGUUCCAGAACCUGAACUCUGUGGCAGAGGUGCCCAACACGCAGACGGUACGUGUCUGCCACGACUGCCGCGGUCUCCGGGAGACGCGCUGUACGCGCUGCCACGGGCGUGGAUACACACGGUGCACUUUUUGCCAUUCGCACGGCAUAUCGACAGUGUCGAGCCAAUCGAACAACGCUUGCUCCUUCUGUCAUGGCCGAGGUUCCAGACGCUGUCUCACUUGCCAUACCGCUGGGAUGAUUCCUUGUCCCACAUGUGAGGCCGUCGGUCACAUCCGCUGCUUCGUGGAACUCACAGUCAAAUGGCAAAACCACAAGGACAUCAAGGUGGUGGAGCGCACCGACCUGCCCGAUAACCUGAUCCGCUCCGUCUCCGGUCAGGAGGUGUUCAGAGCCGAGGAGCAGCGCGUGCACCCGAUCGUCGGCUUUCCGGACCGACUGGUCAGCGAGAGCUCCUCGGAGCUGGUGCACAAACACGGCCAGCAGUGGCCCCAGGAGAGGAUAUUCAGACAGCGUCACUCUGUUCAGUCUGUGCCGGUGUUUUGCGUCACCUACCACUACGACGGCAAACAGGACGACUUCUUCAUCUACGGAAACAGCCAGAAGAUCCACUUUCCCGACUACCCCAAACAGUGCUGCUGUGUGAUCAUGUAAACUGAGAGAUCGUUGUAUGAGAUAGUUGUGUGCUAGGCUGGACGAAAUCGUGUUUUGACUGUUGUGUGUUUGAAGGGCUAGAGGGAGUUCUAUACAAUCAGUAGCCUUGGACUAGAGGCUCAUGUGGAGGCCUGCGGGUCUUUGAAGAAGCGCGCCAAUGCAAUGAACCAGAAGUGAUUCAUGGGUUAUUUUAACAAUUAGUUUUGUUUUUAAAUGACGAAGUGUUAUACGGUGUCAUGUCUUUAUUGAUGAAUAUUUUGUUCAUUCGAUAUUGGCUAGGUAUGAGCUUAUGUAUGCUAAUUCAGAAUCUGUGAAGUAAGGGUGACUGACAUUUGCUCAAAGUCAAGGCACCUCUCAGUAUAUUUUUAAUAUUGAUGUCUGUCGGGUUAGACCUCUAUAAUAAGACUUGUGAGGUCACAAACAUUUUUUUUGUUAGCAGUGACAUUUUGCUCAAAUGCCUUACAUACAGCAAAUGAAUCAA